UGAACAGACACCUAGAGGCGAAGAGGUGCUCUUCGGCAGAUAGAGUAUCACUCUGUGGGUCGUUCAAAUCAAAAGUACACACACACAAAAUUGCAGAACGGAUAGAAGAGAAAUUAUAGGAAAAUUCUGUUGAAUUUUUAGUGACUGACCAGACAAUUGUAAUUCAGAUCGUCAUAAACUAAACUGAAUUCAUUGAACAGUGCAAAAUUUUCACGAGAUUUUUCUCUGGUUCAUCGGCGUGUGUGGAGGAUUUUCCGACAGAAUUUCAUACUGAGUGUGUGUAUGUGUCGGCUGUAGAAAGGAAUUUUCACAUGUUUGAGAUUUUCCAUCUGGUCAGGCGGGAGGGUUGAGAAGAAAAGUGACUGAAAGAUACUGAAAAAUGAAUUGGCAGGGACAAUAGAGCGACCACGAAAGAGUCGAAAUAUUUUCCUCCAUGUGAUCAUUGAGAGAACAGAAGCGGAAAAGUCGAGCUUGAGAACAUCGGUGUGGUUGGCAAAAACUGUGAAUAAUAUAGAAGUGAGUUUAUCUGCAAAAUAUUCUAAAAAUUGAGCAAUUUUCCCCGAGAACUGCCUUCUAGAAACAUGUGAAAGUGUGUCUGCCGAAGGGAAAGUGAAUACGAUUUUAAAGUUACACACUCUCUCUCGCUCUCUUGCAACUGAAAAUGCAUAAAUUGAGUGUGGUGUGAUAAUUUGCGAAAAAAGAGUGUUUCCUGCUUAAGAACACACACUGAAGAAGGGCGCGGAGAGUUAUAUCGAAGGAAAAAAAAACAUCGAUAGAGGGAAAACGAGGAGAAAAUUGCAGCAGAUGUUGAUGAAGCUUUUUAUCACCAUCUCAUGCUUCUCCACGGUGGUUGGGAAAUAAAUCGAAAAUAUUACCACUCAGGAAGGCAGAGUUUGCUCUCCUUGUCAUCCACGAAGGAAACACUUGAGCACCUCUGGAAGGCAAACAAGAGAUUCUGUGGCGUGGAGAAAUAAACAGGCGAUAUCAUAUGGAAUAAUCUUCCGGAUGAUGGUGUUUUUGGCGCACGAGGAGAAUGAUAUCGUCCUGACCGUGACGGCGGAAGCCACAGCGUGGAAGUCAGAGCUCCAGUGGAGGGUGAAAGUCACCUGAGCGCGGCCAGAGCCUCAUAAAUAGUGCUUCUCGUGAGAUAUAUUGAUGAUAAUCGAAUAAUUUAUUAAACGCAAUCCAAGGAAAUGAGAUGAAGUUGCUGCAAGGGGUGAUCCUCAUGAUUCUAACAAUGCUAUCAGUGUGCGCCGGAAAUCCGGAUGCCAAACGCCUGUAUGACGAUCUUUUGAGUAAUUAUAAUAAAUUGGUGCGACCUGUGGUGAAUGUGACGGACGCUCUGACAGUACAAAUAAAGCUAAAAUUGUCUCAAUUGAUUGAUGUGAACCUCAAGAAUCAGAUUAUGACGACAAAUCUGUGGGUGGAGCAGACUUGGUACGACUACAAGCUCAAGUGGGAACCAAGAGAGUACGGCGGCGUCGAGAUGCUCCAUGUGCCAUCGGAUCACAUUUGGCGACCUGACAUUGUGCUGUACAACAACGCUGAUGGGAAUUUCGAGGUGACACUGGCCACAAAAGCCACACUCAACUACACAGGACGAGUGGAGUGGAGACCGCCAGCCAUCUACAAGAGCUCCUGCGAAAUAGAUGUGGAAUAUUUUCCAUUUGACGAGCAAACGUGCGUUAUGAAAUUCGGCAGUUGGACCUACGAUGGUUUCCAGGUCGAUUUGCGCCACAUUGACGAGUCUAAUGGCACAAAUGUGGUGGAAGUUGGAAUUGAUCUAACAGAAUUCUAUACAUCAGUCGAAUGGGAUAUUUUGGAAGUUCCUGCAAUUCGGAAUGAAAAAUUCUACACGUGCUGCGAUGAACCGUACCUAGAUAUAACUUUUAACAUAACAAUGAGACGCAAGACGCUCUUUUACACCGUGAACCUCAUAAUUCCGUGUAUGGGGAUUAGUUUCUUAACGAUUUUAGUAUUUUAUCUGCCAUCAGAUAGCGGGGAAAAGGUAUCAUUAAGCAUAUCUAUCCUACUUUCACUCACUGUGUUCUUCCUGCUGUUGGCGGAAAUUAUUCCUCCGACAUCCCUUGUUGUGCCACUCCUGGGGAAAUUUGUCCUCUUCACUAUGAUUCUCGACACAUUCAGUAUAUGCGUCACGGUUCUUGUGCUGAAUGUUCACUUCCGAUCGCCGCAGACCCACACAAUGGCACCAUGGGUCCGGACAGUUUUCAUCAAUCAUCUGCCUAAGCUGCUGGUCAUGCGACGUCCUCUCUAUCCAUAUGACCAUCGAAUGCACGCGAGCUCCCAUCGGUACAUGGUGAGAACCUGCAAUGGACUGGAACUGAGGGACCCCAUCCCGCCACUGCCGCCGUCCGUGGCGCUCACGACCUUCGACCCGAGCCUCCUGCUGGACCACCAUCUGCUUGACUCGAGCGACCCGCUGGGUCUGGGCUCGUGCAAGCUGCACGGCGACUCGGGGCCCUGUUCGCCGCACCACCAUCGGCACCAUCGUCAUCUUCUAGACGAGCUUCCGCUCACCUUUCAGACGGAUCUGCUGGACGGAUCGCCGGAACCCCUGUCUAUAGCUACGCUCACGCCGUCGCGACGCCACCAGCACGUGGCCACGGUGGACACGGGUCGUGUGCUGUCGCCCACCAUUCCGCCACCCCCGCCACCCUCCAUCAGCAUUCCUCCGCAAGCCACUGCCACGGAGCCCGCGGCCGCGUGCAGCUCCACGGCCGACGGGCCGCCGCCCGGGACCAGCCACUCAGUCCGCCACCGGUGGCACACCUGCCCAGAGCUGCACAAGGCCAUGGACGGCGUCACAUACAUCGCCGACCACACGAAGAAAGAGGAGGAGAGCACGAGGGUGAAGGAGGACUGGAAGUUUGUGGCCAUGGUACUGGACAGACUCUUCCUCUGGAUCUUCACGAUAGCCGUGGUUGUGGGCACGGCCGGAAUUAUCCUCCAGGCGCCAACUCUCUACGACACUCGCGUGCCCAUCGACAUAAAGAUGUCCGAGAUUGCAACGACCACCGCCAAGCCUCACAUCGCGCGACCCGUCUUAUAAAGGGCUGAACACUGCGACCAGCGGAGAUGUAAGUUAAAUAGAAUUUCAGUUGAAACGACAUUCCCGCUCAGUUGUGAGCUUGACAGCACACUUUUUGAGGAACGAAGUAGCACAAGAGAAUUGUCAGGAAAUUCAUAUGGGACGAUUUCCACUAACGUUACAGUUAUUUUUAUAGACGCGGAGCUUGAGUGAGGAAGAGUCUAAGAUUGGAAAAAUAAGGUGGAGAAAAAGCAUUCAAGCCCCGGAGGAAGUGAUCAAAAUGUGCGGGAAUAGGAGAGGAUUUCUUUUAUUUGUUUGCAAUUUUACGUGACUAUUCUUAAAAAUUCACCCCACGGGAGGAUUUCAAUGCAUUGCUAUCUCUAUCACACUGAAUGUCACAUUUAUUUGCCGUGAAGUUCACGGAAGAGCUAAAUUGUCCCUCAGGGUAGUGAAGGGGCAGAGAACGUUGUUCUUGGAUAGAAUAUUUUAUCAAAUAAAUUGCACGAUAAAUUGAUACAAAUGUCCAGUGAGAAACGACAUUUAUAUUCCAGGUGAAAAAUGAUAUUAUACACAUGACUAUGCGAGAGGAUGGGAAAAAUCCUCGAAAUUAGACACAAUUUCCGCUUCUUUUCAAUUUCAUUCGAAAGAUUGCACUUAAAUUCUCCGUUGAUGUCUUUUAUAUUCCUCAUAGUCAUUAAUUAUUUUCUGCUUUACUUCGCACACUCUUUACCCUCAAUGAUAAAUCAUUUUGUCUACUAGUUUAUCCGCACAUGAAUUGACGGGGAAAUGAGGGAAAUUCGCUGGGAAUUGAGUGUGUGUGUGUUUUUUUUUUACUUAUUUCUAUGAAGAAAGAGUUCAGAAUCAAAGCGCAGUGAUUUCGAAUGACGAUGUGGAAAAAUGCUUUAGCAAUUUCAGAAUGAAUGCUCUUUUGUAAAUCAAGGAAGCGAACAAUUCUUCUCUAGCAAAAUUGCAGCACUUUUUGAUCACUUUCCACAUUUUGUUCAUUUAAUUGGUAAAGUUGUUAAGUCUUUUGCUUCUCAUGACAAGAAGUAUAAAUUCCUUUAUGACUUAGAAUAAUUUUAUGUGAGAGUUGUUUUGAAGAGAUUUUGAAGAAAAAAAAAAGUCCCACGACCAUAUUAGGUGACAAAAUUAACAUUAAAUAGUUAUUAACUAAUGCAGAAUGAGAAAAAUCGUUAUAGUCAAUGAAGGGAGUCCUUCACACUAACUUCUAAAUUAAGGAUAUUUAAACAAGUGACGAAAUGUUGAUAGUAAAAGAAGUGAGAGCAAAAACAUUGAAAAUAUCAUUAAAUGUGAUUUCAUUUAACAAUUCAGAUUAACAAGUUAGAGUGAGGAAGGCAGAAAAAUAUUUAACACAAAUUCACACUGCAAUUAAUGAUAGAGCACGUUAAGAAAGUGUUUAAUUCUAAUGGUAACAGACAGAUGAGGCAGAUUAUUAGAGCAGAGAUAAAUAUUUGAUGAAAAAGAAAACAGAAUAUAUAACAGAGAGAUGAUAAAUUAUUUAUUUUCCUAGAAAAGUUGUGUGUGUUUAGAUGACAGAGAGCGAAAGCAAUUUUUUCACCAUUAUUGAGAAACACACUGUGGACAACUUUGCUGUUUGAUGCUAUCCAAAGAGGUUGAUUGCAGAGUGAGUCAAAAGUGAAAACAUGGCGAAAACAGAAAGAUUUCUCGAUUCACUGUGUAUCAAUCAUUUUAGAGAAUAUUAUUAGUGAGAUAUCGCCACAUUAAAAUAUUGCAACAAAUUCAAUGGGAAAAUCCGUAAAUGGCUAAACUGAGAACGAUGUGGAAAGCGGAGGAAUGUUUACAAACAAGUGUGAUUGGCUUUUAAUAAAAAUGUUCACGUAUCAUUCAAUAUGGUGAUUGAAUUAGAGAUGUUUCCUAAAUUGUCACUUCAAAAUUGUUCAAAACCGGACAUUGCUAUCAGAUUCAUUAAUAUGAAUUUCCAUAGAACAUGUGGUGAAAAAUUGUUACACUUUCAUGUGUGUGAGGAGUCUUGUAAGAUAUGUUAUUUCAGUUUACAGUUAACUUUUUCUCAUGGCAUAUGUAAAAGGAACCCGCCUCCAUUGUACCAUUUUGUCUUGGAGAAUUCCUUUCUAAUUAAUUAUCCCGCUCAUGUUGUGCAAAACACACCAGAAACAACGACAUCCUUAAUCCUAUUGCGACAAAAAAAAGGAGUUCCCCACUAGACAAAUGGUGUUUGAGUGAGAGAGAGAAAGAUGGAGUGGAAAGAGAAAAAGAGCAUUCACAGAUUCAUUUUAAAAACUUGUGUACUGAAGAGAAAGGAAAUUAACACUGAACGGAAAAUUUCUGUAGACGAAGGAAAAAGAAUUAAGAGAUAAAAACAAACAGUGGAAAAAUUAACACUCUUUUCUUCCAUCCAAUUUGUUGACUUUUUCCACACAGCACGGCGCCUUUCACGUGAAUUUUGGGGAAUGAAU